AUGUCGCACCAAUUGAUCAAGAUCAAGAACUUGAAGAUGAAUGAGAUGACCAUGAUACUCAACGAGAUGAUGCUGGACCAGAUGAAGUUUCAUACGAUUUGUGAUCAUAAAGAGACUCAAGAGGAAUCCGCCCCUCAAACUAGCCAAGCAAGCUCCAGUCAUCUCAGUCAUGAAUUGGACAUUAAACCAUCACAACCGAAGCUCCAGAAAUUACCGAUAAAUACAAACUUUUCAAGCAAAAAAACAAGAUCUUGCAACGCGAGCUGGUACAACCGCUUCGACUGGCUAGAGUAUAACAUUCAAAGCGAUGCAGCAUUUUGCUUUGCUUGUAAAAUCUUUGGCUCAAGAAGUUCCGCAGACACCACAUUUACUGUAACUGGCUUUAGGAAGUGGACUAAUGCCUUAGACAAGGACAAAGGUUUUAUGAAACAUCAGAAAUCAGAAGUUCAUAAAGUUUGCUACAAGAAAUGGAAGGCAAGCUCUGAAUAUCAGAUGGACAAGAUACAAGUAUACUCGAGAAACUGGUUCCCAACCAAGCGAAAACAAUUCAAAACAACAGAGAGUACUUUAAACUUCUGUUCCAGUAUGUAAUUUGGUUUGCAACAAACGAAAUAGCAUUCCGGGGCCAUGAAGAGGCGGUAAAACGUCUCUCAAUGAAAUGCUGUCUAUACUCGCGAUUCAGAUACGGAACCAGAUAUGCCAUCAGAUCGCAACUGCCCGGUGCUUCAGUGCACUGAUAGACGAAAGCAAAGACAAGGGCAAGAGAGAAGAGCUCGCUAUCUCUGUUUGCUACUACACUGAGAAGGUACAAGAGAGAUGCACUCACCAAAUUUGAUGUAGAAGCUAUUUCAGCAGUUACAAAAGACCUGAUCUCUAAAGUCCAGCAGAAAUUCAAUGGAUCGCCUAUUAUCAGCUUCGGCGCAGAAGGCGCUAGCGUGAUGUCUGGUUGGUUCGCAGGAAUCACAGAACUGCUUCGAUCGAGGUAUUUUAAGUAGCUUGUUUACAUCCAUUGUACUGCCCAUCGUUUGAAUUUGGUUGUGGGAGACAUGCUAAAGGCGUCUUUGUCAUCAACAGAUGUUAUGACCACAGUAAAAUCCUGCCAUACACUGCUCAAUAAACCGAAGAUCAGACAAAAGUACGAACAAGAUAAACAUAUUACGCAACAAAUUGAUGUUCGUUGGGGAUGCAAAUACGAAGCAGUUGAUGUUAUAUCUGAAAGAUUUGAUGUUGUCCUCACGACUCUGAUAGACGUGGCAAACAACCCAGGUGAAAAUGAUGAAGAUUCGGAAGAUGAUGAGUAUGGGUAUACAAAAUCGCAGGCAGAAACAGCAGCUGGACUGAACCACAAACUGAUGUCAGGAAAAUUCAUCGUCGGUCUGACAACACUUCAUAAGUAUGUCGGCAAGCUAUACUUCCUUAAUAAAGAACUUCAGGCCAAAAAAAUUGAUUGGACAGACGUUUAAUACGAGCUGACUCAAACUCGGGAUUCAAUUAAUAACAUCAAAGACGAGGACACACUCAUUGAGUCAAAAGAAAUUUCAAGAACGACUGGAAACCCCUUAGCUCUCUGUGACACAAUGCCUAUCCACAACACUAGAGGUACAACAGUUAUGACUCCCGAUGACCAGGGUCAUCAGAUAAACGAAUUUAUUGCAGAACUCAUUGCAGAACUCAACGCAGAGCUGAAGAAGAAACUCAACGAUGAGUUUAAUGUCAGAUUUGACUCUAUAAGAACAUAG